AUGCUCCUUCACCUCGCGGCAUGCCUCGUAAUAGCAUGGGUUGCACUCAACGUCGCCUCUGCCCUCGGCUGGCUCCCGCACGCGGCCUCAGUCCGCUCCCUUGUCGUCCUUCGCCUGCACCGCCCGUCGCCGCCCCGCGGCCUCGGCGCCGCUGCCGCGUACCUCACCUCGCGGUGGUUUGCUGCCGGCGCAGUCAUCGGCGUCGCUCUCUGCGCUCUGGCGCUCCUGGCCCUCGCCGCUAACGCGGCUCUUGGUAUCCAUGCUCGGAUGACGGCCAUCGCUCCUGCUGCUGCCGCUAAGGAUGCCACGAACCCGGAGGCCAAGCCCGCCCCUGCCCCACUGCUCGUGCCCAUCAUCCCGGGCUACAACGUGCUUGGCGGCGACAUCAUCGCCUUUGUCCUCGCCCUUCUUAUUGCUACGGUUGUCCACGAGGCCGGACACGCCCUGGCUGCAGUUCAAGAGCGCGUUCGCAUCCGCGGCGCCGGCCUCGUCCUUGUCGUCGUCUACCCGGGCGCUUACGUCGAGAUCGACUCGGCCGAUCUGGAGCGCGCAACACCAGCGGCUCGCCUGCGCAUCUUUCUCGCCGGUGUUUUCCACAACGCUGUUCUAGCGCUCCUUGCACUUGUACUCCUAUGGGCGCUUCCGCUUGCUGUCUCCCCGCUCUUUGCCUCGGCCGCCGGCGCCGGCGCCUACGUUCAUAGCGUCGACCCCAGCUCGCCGCUCGCCGCCUCGCUGCAGGCCGGUCAUCUGGUGACUCGCGUCGACGACUGCAUUGUUGAAUCGCCUGCGGCCUGGCAGCGCUGCUUGAGCGAGGUUGCGAUGGGAGCGGCUCCGGCAUCGCGAUGCGUCGCUCGCGGCGACCUUCCACCGCGCGUCCGUGGGCCUGGCGAUCCACCGCCGUGCUUCAGCAUUGCUGCGGCUGGCAGCGUCGUGUGCAUGAAGGCGUCAUCCGCACUGAGCGGCGAUGCCUGUCCUUGCCUGGCCUCACAAGCGUGCCUAACACCAGUCCUCGAGCCGGAUGCCGGCAUUUCGUUCCUCUAUCGCAUCACCUUCGCCCAGAGCCCUGCACACAGCGAGCAGCACAUCUUUUUUACCGGUCAUCCAGCCACGGUCUUUGCCGCGGUCCGCGUCGGCGAUCUCUAUCCGCGGCUCGGAGGCUGGCUUGCGCUCUCGGCGCUCGAAGCGGUCUCGUCCGUCCUCUCGUUUGUGGUCUCGCUCUCGGCCGGCCUCGCCGCACUCAAUGCGGCGCCGGUCUACACUCUAGACGGCGAGCAUGUUUACGCCAUCGGCAUGGCCGCGCUCUUCCCGCGCGCUCCGCACUCUGCUGCUAUUGCGACGACAUGGCUGCUCCGCAUCGGGACUGGCCUGCUCGUCGUCAACAUUGCUCUCUCACUCCUCCCAUGA